UAGCCUAUUCAAGAUGAGGAAAAAGUCAUAGAAUUGAUCAAUUUGGUGAAAACUUAUCCGUGCAUCUGGUUAGAUACUGAUCGCCAGUAUAAAAAUAACGAAAUAAGGCAUCAAGCCUGGCAACAGAUAGCAUCCGUGCUGGAGGAGGAUCCACAGUGCGUUCAUGCUAAAUGGAGGAAUUUAAUGAAUUCCUACCGGCGGACAAAAAAGGAGAUCGCUUUGAGUCAGACAACAGGUUCCGGAUCCAGCGAGCUAUUGAAGGAGGUUUGGUAUGCCUACGAGCAUAUGUCGUUUCUACAUGAAACGACAGCUCCACGUCGUACAAUCAAUACUGCAAAUCUUGAAGGAACUUCUCGGGAACCUGUUGUUAUCUCGACCGCUCCUGCAACCGCCGCUUCAUGCAGUUCAACUGCCUCAACAACAGCCACGACAACUGCCACAACAUCCUCCACUGGCUCCUCUAGUGGCAUGCUAGAGGGUCGCACAGCGUCCAAAGGAAGAAAAUUUAGUGAAACGACUCGAUCAAGUCAGAUUAGCGAAUGCUUGACAGCCAUUCAAAGCAUUGCUAAUACUGCUACUGCUGCUGCACCUUGCACUAAAGCCAGGGCUCUGGGCAACUUUGUAGAGGCACAAGUUGCCACCUUCGAAGAUAAACAUCCAGAGUUCUGUGCUAAACUGAUCAGGUCCAUAACGACGGUCAUGAAUGAUCGAAUUGAUCAAUUUUAUGUGGACCAACAUGCCUCCUCGAUGCAUGAUCAGCAAAUCUGUAGGAUUAAAAUUUAAGUGUUAACAUAGUUUAAGUGUUUGUUGGAAUUUAAGAAUUUUAUGAAUAAGUGAAUUAUGUAUUGUUAUGUAUUAUGUAUU